ACAAUGAACCAAGGACAAAAAAAUGAAUUAAGAAAAAAUCAACAGAAUGCAGCAUAUGUGAGAUUAUUCCUAUAGGGGGCGACAUUUGCAUACCCGAGUUGAGACGCUCCCACUCGGACCACUAACACGUGCACGGACUCAGACAAGUCACACAGAUUAGUUGUCAUCCAGAAUGGACACACACUUCACCGCUGCUGGUUUCAUGCGCGAGCUCUACAGGAAUAAUUCCUCCAAGCCUCGAUAAGUUUCUAAGAAAGAAAGAAAGAAAGAAAGAAAGAAAGAAAAAAAUAAAGGUUAUUUCUUCGACUUAUUUAAAUAAGCAAAGGCAGAAUGAACUGGACGGCGUUGAACGACACGGACGGAGGUUUCCACGCCGGGAACACUGAGACUUUAGCCGCAUGCUGCACUUGGUCCUCAGCUGUCACAGACCCCGGUUUGGCGCAGAGCGGUGCGCACGAGCGCGACUCCUUCGCCCCGAACGUGGUGCAAGUCGCCGUGAUGUGCGUGCUCGCGCUCACCGUGGUCUUUGGCAUCUUCUUCUUGGGCUGUAACCUGCUCAUCAAAUCCGUAGGAAUGAUCAACUUCCUCGUCACGGAUAGAAGAUAUUCCAAAGACGUCGAGGCGGUUAUAGUGAGCGCGUGAUGGAUCUGUACCUGGCGAGGCUGAGACCUCAAUGUGAUCCUACCCUAAAGCUGUCAUGGAGACUGUUUGGACUUUAGUGCAUGGGGAAAAGAAAGAACUAUAACAUCCACAGCUGAAAGAAUAUAGCAUGAUGACAUUCCCUGGAGUUCUGCAUUAGAUGCUUUAUUACAAAAAAACAACAACAACUGUUAAAUAAUUACUUUAUUUGAACACAGCCUGGAGUGAAAAAGAGCUUCAAGAUUAGGAUUACACAGAUUAUACUCCAAGUUCACUCAUUAUACAAUCCUUAUAGUAUAUUACGCCGUGUUAGUUUGAUUUCGAAACAUUUUAUGCCUCUUAAAACUCUAUUAUCUAGUCUGCAAUAAAACUACUUCACCCCUGUAUCUGCAUUAUUUGUAUUCGAUUGAUUGCAGUUUAAACUUUUAACUCCAACAAAUUGUCACAAUAUUUACAUUUUACCGUUGAUAAAGGAUGACAGUGAUGAUUAUUAUUCUUAUUACUGGAAAGAAAAGGUACGCCGUUCAUUAAGAGUUCCCAUCAUGUCUGGAAUUUUGCAUCUCAUAUGCUGGAUAGAUGAUCUAUCAAGGCUCCUAAGUUAAAAACAAAAACAACAAAACAAAACAAAUAUUUAAAAGAAAUCUUCUUUUUCAGAGUAGUUUUUACUUCGCCAACAGUACUAUAAGUAAAUUCAGGUUUGACUCACUACGCUAAUGUUUAUCGGUUGCCCUACUGUACCAGUUCACUUAUAUAAACUGAUUUCUCAGUCUUUUCAUUUAUAAAGAAAUGAUAUAAUACAUGUGUAAGCUACUGGAUUGCCAGAUUGCUGUAUAAAUUCGAAAACCUGCAAUGUAAUGUACAACCUGUUAACCGUAGCACAAACAUAAAUUCAUUUCCAUAAUAACGUAA